UCGGCCCGCUCACAGGAAGCUGCCAAAUCAUGGAAGGAUACGGUGCCCGCCUCUCCCCUCCGCCCGUCCGUCCCUCCGUCCUUGCUUCUCCCCCAUCAAGACCUGAAACGUGAAUCUCCAAUUGCACGAUCCUUCAAUGGUGGAUGGGCGCAGAACAGCUGCGGAUCCAACCAUCGUCCCGUCGCAUUUACUUCCGACCUAAUAGCUGCCCCCCACGACGCGUUACAGAAACCUUAAAAUAAAACGGUGGCCAGAGGUGGCCGGCUGCGACAAACCAGUCAGGGCACCACAUGGCGUCUUGAACAUUGACCUGGUUUGGUGCGAGGACCACCUCGUGCCCGCUAUUUCUUCCUACCCUUUUCUUUUCAGCGUCUCGUCCCGAGCCCACCGGAACAAAAGGAUCCCGUCGCCUCACUCUGCAAUCAUUGACGACCUCCUGCGUCUUCCACUUGUAUAAGGCCAAUUGAUUACGGAGCCAGCCACCCCCCAUCGAUCACUUUCCGUAUCCCAAUGGCGUCGACCGACGCUGCCCAACCCUCCCCCUCCCCCUCCCUCUCCCUGGAUUCCCUCCCAACCACCCCGCGAGGCCGCGCGGCCUCCUCCGGCCCCGCCUUCGGCUUUGGAUCCUCCCACUCGCCCUCGCCCCUCUCCCUCAGCCGCUUCUCCGCCUCCCGCGGCGCCCCGGACUCCUGCGGUGGCUGGUGGCGGACAUCCCUGCCUCGGCUGCGUUCCCUUUUGGGUUCCCGCGGUGGCGACCGGCGGAUGAGGAGGAAGAGGGUUGUCGGCGGCGGUGGCGUGGGUGCUGCUGCUGGUUCCAAGGGAUGGCAUCGGCGGAGGACGAGGGGGAUAGUGAUCUGGGGCGGGGUGGUUGUUUUCUUUUUUCUUAUGAACUGGUGGAUGUUCUCCCGGCUUCAGGACACUCCCAUCCGCCUACUUCGAAGGAAUCCGGGAUCCUCCAACGUGUCGGUCGUCUCCUUGUCCCGGCCAUCUAUUCUGGAGAAAUGGAAUAUUUAUGGCAAUGGUCAAAGGUCUACUGGAGUCAUGUUUUCCAGACUGCUGGGAUUGGCUGCCCAUGCUUUGGCUGAGGCUGAUAGCAGACCAGAGCCUCAAGAUUUAUGGCAGGAACCCAUCGGUCCUACUACAUGGAAGCGUUGUGCUGAUGAACGUAACUGGGAACGUUGUGAUGGACAUAAUGGAUACAUUAUAGUCAGUGCAAAUGGAGGCAUAAACCAGCAACGGGUCGCUAUCUGCAAUGCAGUUGCUAUUGCUCGAUUACUAAAUUCAACUCUCGUGCUUCCACGGUUUUUGUACAGUAGUGUAUGGAGAGAUAAAAGCCAAUUCGGCGAUAUAUACCAGGAGGAGCAUUUUAUCAAUUACUUGAAAGAUGAUAUUCCUAUACUGAAGGCAUUGCCUUCUGAACUGCAGUCACUAGACUUGGAAGCAAUUGGUAGCAUUGUGACUGAUGCUGAAAUAAUGAAAGAGGCAAAACCGAGUUUUUACCUGAAACAGAUUCUUCCGAUCCUACUAAAAAAUAGGGUGGUCCAUUUUGUUGGUUAUGGAAAUCGCUUGGCAUUUGACCCUGUACCAUUUGAGUUACAGAGGCUUCGGUGCAGAUGCAACUUUCAUGCACUUCGGUUUGUUGAAAAGAUACAAGAGACUGGUGCUUUGCUUAUACAGAGAAUGCGUCAUCAUGUAUCACAUUCAGGACCCUUGGAACAUAAUCUAUUAGGUUCUUUUGCAGAAAAGCUUACUAUGAAAGGGAAUAAAAUUGUCCCAUCAAGGUAUUUAGCAGUGCAUCUCAGAUUUGAAAUUGACAUGGCAGCAUACUCCAUGUGUCACUUUGGUGGUGGCAAGGAUGAAGAAGAUGAGCUAGAAGCAUAUCGAGCUGUCCAUUUUCCUGCAUUGACACUUCUCAAGAACACUACAAAGGUACCUUCUGCUGCAUUUCUGCGAUCUGAAGGCAAAUGUCCUCUUACCCCUGAAGAAGCAGUCCUUAUGCUUGCUUCUCUGGGUUUUAAGCGAAAAACUAGCAUAUAUGUUGCAGGUGCCCAAAUUUAUGGAGGAAAAUUACGAAUGGCUACUAUAAAUAGCUUGUAUCCUAAUUUGGCAACUAAGGAAAGCCUUCUAUCUUCAUCUGAAAUUGAACCAUUUCGCAACUUCUCUUCACAGCUAGCAGCCCUGGAUUUUAUUGUAUGUGCUGCUGCAGACGCGUUUGCCAUGACAGACUCGGGGAGCCAGUUGUCUGCUCUUGUUUCAGGUUACCGUAUGUAUUACGGAGGAGGUAAUCUUCCGACAAUACGACCCAAUAAACGAAGGCUAGCCAGUAUUUUUUUGAAGAACUCCACAAUAGAAUGGAAGGAAUUCGAGGAUAGAGUUAGGAAAACUAUCAAACAGACCAAGCAAAUUCAUGAAAGACCAAUUGCUCGGAGCAUCUAUAGACAUCCACGAUCUCCAGAGUGCAUGUGUAUGGUUGAGUAGGAUAUCAGGUUUCUUUCUUGAAAUGGAGAUUUUUUUUUAUGGUUGUUCAGAGUGGUGCCAGCAUGGUCUUAUGUCAAAUGUAGCUUUCAGAUCACUGAAUUGGAAUGUCUGUCUAGAGCAAGGCAGAUAAAGUGUGAACCUCCAGGGAAGUAUAGAGAAGAAUGGGUCACAGGUUAUUUCUAAGUACCUUUUGAAAGGUAAGCAUAUUAGUAAUACCUUGGAAACGAUAACACCAACUACAAUGUUGGUGAAUGGAGAAAAUGAUGAGCGCAAUGAAAUCUUCAUCUGUUAUAUGGUAAAGGAAUCCUCGGAGAACAUGGUAAAGAACGUCGCUUGCAACAACUUUUUUCCCACUUGGGUUUUUUUGUUUUAGUAACUGUUACCUAUAGAAUAAGGCAUUGAUUUGGUAUUAAGUGCUGGUGCACAUGACACGGCUUGCAGCAAUCAAACGAGUGCUCUAUGUCGGUUUUAAGAUGUCACAUAGAACUUGUCAGCUUAGAACUUGAAAUUUUUGAAGCUCGACCAAAGCAGAAGGUCAGUAACAAACAUCAAAAUGUCAAACUUUCCAUGUGGAUUGCUGCACUUUCUAUCUGUGUAAGCUUAUUUCAAGGUUGUCCAAAAGAAUGAUGCUAUGUAUGGAUGAUCCUAUUUCACCAUGAAAUAUUCUCUUCUUUGAA